AUGACGAUGGCGGAAAAUGCAACGCAACUUUCAAAUACAAGCAAGAGUUCUUCAAGUAAGAUAGAAUUGGCGAGUGGCGGCUAUGUCUACACGAUGCAUGAACGCCUUGUCGCCUAUGCACACAUUAUUGCUGACCCUGACGAGCGGUCUGGUGUGUGGCACGAGCACUCGUACGCGCGCGCUCGUGAGUCGCCCGGUUGUGCGCUUGAUGCGCGCGAGCUGCUGGCCGCCGCGCCCCCCUCUCCCUCCUCCGCCGCCGACGAUGACGUCGACGUGGAGCACGUACCGCUCGACCGCGCCGCCGCGCUGUUGGCCGACGGUCCCGACCAAGAGAACGAUGUGGAUGACGACGACGACGAGGAAGAGGAUGAGUGGGAGGAGCGCUUGACGUCACAGGCGCCGAGCCCAGCGCACACGCGGCUGGCGGGCGCAGCGGUGCAGGCGCUGCGGGAGCUGCGGCUGGCGCGCCUGGCGGGUACGGGCGCGGCGCAGGCUGGUGCGCUGCGGCGCGAGCAGGCGCGCGCGGCGGCACGGCGGCUGCGUGGCGCGCUUGCGGCGUGCGCGCGAAGUGCGGGUGGCGCAGGGUUCGCGCGCGCCGCCGCCUGGCUGCACGGCGCACUCUCCACGCUGCCGCGGCGGCCGCGCGCGCUGUACGCCGAGCUGCUGGCGGAGCUGCGCCGCGCCGCGCCGCGGCUCGCCGACCGCUUCGCGCCGCAAUUGCCGCCGGUCCCGCCCGACCCAUUGGAGCCCACCGAUCACGCGUGCGCGGCCGGCGGCGCGGGCUCGGCGCUGGUGGUGUGGGUGUCGCUAGGCGGCGCGGCGGACGCGCGCUGGUUGCGGCGUCUGCGCACGCUGCUGGCAGUGCGCGAGCUGCGCGCCGCGCCGCCCCCCGCCGCGCCCGCCUCCCCGCCCGCCCGCUGGUGUGCCGCCGUCGCCGGGACUGCGCGUGCUCAACUGAACGACAUGCUCGCGCACGUAGGGCCUCGUUUCGUGGUGCUGGGGGGCGUGGGUGCGGGCGCGGCGCUGUGCGCGUGGCUGGCGGCGGGCGUGUGCGGGGGUGCGGGGUGCGCUGGUGGGGUUGAAGCGGAAGCUGGCGGGGGUGCGGGCAGGGUGCACGCCCUGCUGCUGCUGGCGCCGCCACUGCUCACGGCGGAGGGCGCACGUGAUGAUCCCGACGACAUACUGCACGAGGUGUGCAUGCCGCUGCUGGUGGUGGCGGGCGGCGGCGGUGCGGCGUGCGGUGCGGGCGCGGCGCGCGAGCUGGUGACGCGGCUGCGCGGGGCGGGUGCGGUGGGCGGCGGGCCGGGUGGAGCGCGGCUGCUUGCGCUGGGCGGCGCGGACGACGCGCUGCGCUUGCCGCCCGCGCUGCGCCGCCGCCUGCGCCUGCCGCAGCACGCGCUCGACGCGGCGCUCGCGGACGAGUGCGCGCGCUGGGUGCGUGAGGUGGCGCGAGACGCUCGACACGAGCGCAGCGACAAGCAAGAACGCUCAGACAAACACACCACCCACACUGCAGAAAUGGAAGUCGAAGAAGACGAGUAUGCACAUCUGUCUGUAACCACACCGCGAGCUGCAGGGGCGCGCGUGGUGUCGCGCGUGUCGGGCGGCACGCCGCUGGCGCUGCUGCCGCCGCGCCGCGACCUCCCGCAGUAUCCGCAGCAGUCACAGCAGACGCUGCAGCCGCUGGAUGCUGUGGACAUCCUGCAGCUUCCCAUCGUGUUUGCAGACGACGAGCCGCCUGCGCUCGUUCCGCCUGCGCUCGUUGCGCCAGAGUCGAACAUCGCGGAGGGCGCGCUGACUGUGCGGAGCGGGGUCGUGCGCGGCGGAGGGGGUGCGGUCGGGAGCGUGCGCGGUGCGGGGCGCGGGCGAGGCGCGCGCGGGCGCCUUACGCGCAUCAUCGUGGCGCGCCGUGCACCCGCCGCCCCCGCGCCCCCGCACAUCUCCCCGCGACAAUACCAACGAGUGGCACCGCCCUAG